AUGCUGGAACUGGCAGACUUGCCCCUGCAGAAGGGCUCCGUGGAGCUCCUCAAGCAGAGAUGGGAGUCUGCCCAUGCUACAAGACCAGGCCUGAUGUUCCAGCACUCGCCACUGCCACCGUCCCUGGUGCCAGACAGGAUGGCCCUGGAGAAGAUGCCAUCAGGCAGCAGGAGAGCAGAUGUGCUCAAGGAGGAGACUCCAGGUGGAUCUCAGCUGGAGCACGUCCCUGUCACUGUGGAGGAGCUGCGGAGCCACUUUGAGGCACUGGGUGGCAGGAAGGAAACAGAAAAUGAGAGAAAUUCACUUUCAUCACCAUUGAAGAGUCAGCCUGGGAACCAUUCUGCCACUUCUCAGGAGGAGUCUAGCGUGAAAAGAGGGAGAGCAAUCUUUGAAAAGAUGUCAUCAGAAAAUGGCCACAGCAACAGCUCUGAAGUGGAGUCUCGCAAACUUGUAAGAGGACUGUCUAAAGAGAGCACUCCCAGGGCUGACAACACACUGCUGGAUUUCCAGGAGACUGUCUCCUUUAAAGAAAGGAUGGCUAUGUACAAGGCUGCUGUGUCCUUUGCCCAUAGUUCACAGAAGACCAAGUUCUGUACUGUGCCUGGUGGCCUGGCAGCAGUGAGAAAACAAUUUGAGAAAGUACAACGGAUGUCUCCAAAAAAGACCUUUGUUCAGUACCAGCACAGAUCUCCACAGGAAACACCAAGUAGCAGGCACCACACAGUAUCAAGUAGCACCAGGGAAGCUGAGUGCAAUGAAAAGACCUCCAAAGAAAAUCAAACAGAAGCCUCUCAAACACAAGAGGUUUCUCCUCAUGAGCAAGUUAUUAAUGAAAUGAAAAUGGCUUCUACAUUCACUCAGCAUGACACAGUAAUCAAUUCAGCUCAGAAUGAAGAGCUCCCAAAGACUGUAACACAAAUUUUAAAACAGCAGAUUGAGAAGGCGGCUCAGGAAAAGGCUGUUCACUCUGACAGAGAGAUCACAACAUCUGCUAAAGAAGUAAAGAAACUGCAGAUUCAGGAAAAUGAAACAUGCAAACUCUGUCAACAGAGAGUUUACCCCAUGGAAUGUCUCAUUGCUGAUAAGCAGAAUUUUCACAAAUCCUGUUUCCGAUGUCACCACUGUGGCAGUCAAUUAAGCUUGGGAAAUUAUGCAUCUCUCCAUGGAAAAAUAUACUGUAAACCCCAUUUUAAGCAACUUUUCAAAUCAAAAGGAAAUUAUGAUGAAGGUUUUGGACACAAGCAGCAUAAGGAAUUAUGGAAUUAUAAAGAUCAACUUAGUUCAAUUAACAAAACUCAAGCUGAAGAAACAAAUCCCAUUAAUAGCAUACCUGUUGAUCCUAAACCAAUUACAGAAGCUGAUAAAGGCUUGUACUCAGGUACUGAAGGUGCUCGUCCUGAUAUUUUGGACAACAAUUUGAAAACCACAGAAAGAGGUAAAUUAAAAAUGACAUGGCCUCCUUCAACAGAUGAUGCAACACCUAAGAAAACAUUCUCUAUUGAAGAAUCAGCUAAAGUAAAUAAGUCAAAGUGGCCCCCAGAAGGUUUUGCUCAAGAAGAUCCUAGUCCAUAUACAAAUAAACCUCUGGGCAACAAAAAGGAAUCUCAGAAAAAUCCCACAGUGAUGGAGCAAAAUAAGAAAAACAUCACAAAUUCACAACAAAAUCAACAGUCAUCCACUCUGUCUGAAAAACAAUGUACAAAUACCUCUAAAGCAGGCAAUAAUGGCAAGGAUGAGGAAUCUGGGAAUGUGAAAGAUAAGGUGAAUAAACUGGAAGCAUCAGAGAAUAGGGAGCAAAGUGGAAAGGAUAUUAAUGAGGGUGAUAAUGUAAUUGUGGAUAGCACUGGGAAGAAGCAAGAGAAACAAAUUAAUGAAACUGAUAAUUCAGAAGUGAUACAGGUUACUAACAUUGAUGAUGUUACAGUACAAAAGAAUCACAAAGAAUGCAACUUGAAUAACAGCAAUAAUAAUAAUUAUGCCACUUUUUCACAUCAAAAUAUUUGUACACAGAAAACAACUCUCUCAGGUGUGUCUACCCCAAAGACAGCAUUAAGCCAUCCUAUUUGCACUGAAUCACAGCAUGCCUUCGCAAAGCUGGACAGUCAGUCUGGAAAUGAAGAAAUAUAUGAGAUGUAUGAACCUCAUGAGAGCUAUUCUAGUGAUACUGUGCUUGCACAGGGUGAACAGAACUCAAAAGAUGAAGAUGCUGUUACUUUUAAGAGUCUUGCUGAAUUUAAUAACGAUGCCACGUGUCAGAAGUCUUGUACUAGCAGCACAUUCAGUUGGAAGAAGGCAACUAACACAACAUUGUCUGUUGAUACUGAGUUGUCAUGCACUGGAGAAGAAUCAGAAUAUGACAAAAAGGACAAAAAGCUAAACACUAUUUUAUCUGACACUCUGAAGACAUCUUUUCUUAAAAGAGACAACCUGGUUUUAAACUGUGGUGUAAUAAACUCUGCAGAUGCAAUAUUAUGUAAUACUUAG